AUGGAGCCCGCAGCACCGAGGAGCUUUCUGAGGAGGCGUCUCAUCCGCCGUCCGCGCUUCCAGAGAGACGACUUGCGCAUCGAGAUUCGAGACGACUCGUCGGACAGCGAAGACUCGCCUUCACCAAAUCACUCAUCUUUCCCGCCCGGCGUGAGCAAGACGCACUCGCCAAAGUCGCCAAAGACCACCCUCCCGCCGGCACCGCCGCCGCCGCCUCCGGUCCUCGCUCCCGCGAGGCCCACCGAGACCGAGACCGAAACGACGACGACCACUUCGUCUUCCAGGCCGUCGGUCCAGCCCGCCGCUCCGUCCCGUGCCCCGUCCCGCGAGCAGCCCCGGCCUACCACCUUUCCUACUGUCACCAGCACCGAGUCGUCGUCGUCGAGUACUACUCGCAGCUUUCCUACUGCUCUGCCGAACAGCUUUUCAACCACCACCAACCCAGCCACCGCCCCGACCGGAGGCACUACGAGAGGCGGCAACGAGGCAGGUCUUGGUAACGACAGGUCUGAUGAGGUGGGAUGGACGCCCACCGCCAUCGCCUUUGGAACCAUUGCUAUCGCCGCGUUGUUCCUGGUCAUAGGAUGGGGGCUCUGGUGGUUCCUCAAAUACCGCAAACGCAGACAAGCAAGAAAAAUGUACGAACGUUCCAUGUCACCAGACGGAAACCACUGGAACCCCACGUCCACCUUUUCCGCCCCGACCCAGCCUGCCCGCCGCGCCCCCUCAAGCAUCAUGGCCGAACUCAUGGGCGCCGCCUACGCCGCCGAGAACGGCAACGCCGGCCACCCCGACCGCAACUCCCUCACGCCGCAGGGCUACCUCGACGAGAAGCGACACGACCCGGCCCGCCAGCUCCCCAUCCUCGAGCCCGCCCCCGUCCACCAGCCCAACGUCCGCAACUCCAUCGCCAGCUGGAUCCGCCGCCACCACCCGCUCAAGCUGAACCCCCUCUCCGGCCGCAGCAGCAUCUACUCCAACCGCACCAUCGGCGCCAGCGCCCAGAGCGUCAACGCGCCUCCGGUACCCGCCGUCCCCGACGCCUACCGCCCCUCCAGUCAACAGUCCGGUCCGGCUCCUCCCCCGCAGCAGCCGAACACCAACCGGUACACCGCGUCGAGCCGGUACGGCACCGAGAGCCGGGCCGACACCAACUCGAUCCUCUCGUUCUACGAAAACCAGCAGCCGCCGCAGCAGCCCGCACAGGGAAAGCCUCCGCAGCCUCUCUGGCUGGAGACGCCUCCGCCCCUGAUGCACGGCGAUCGCGGACGCGGGGUGUCCAUGGCACCCACCGAGGCCACGACGAGGACCGAGAGUACCUGGCGCAGCUGGGGCGGCGGCGUGACGCAGCCCCGACAGCACGCGCAGCAGCAGCCACCGCCCGAGACGCCUCGGCGGGGAUGGAUUGAGAAGUGCAUCAGGUUUGGGGGUCUCAAAUAA